AUGGUCGACAAGACAACGUCGUCCGAUCAUAUCGUGCGUGAAUGUGAAGCUUACAUAUCGAAACAUGAUUUACAAAAUCUAUUACGUGAUUCUAUUGUUCAAUUAUGUUUAAAAAAGCCAACUAAUCCAAUUGAAUUUCUUGCUAAUCAUUUUGACAAUCUUUCAAAUCAAAAAAUGAUGAUGCGUCAACAGCAAAUUUCAUCGUCCUCACCCUCCAACGAACAAUCUCGUCAAAUAUCCAAUGGCGAUCAUCCUCUUACUGAAACUGAUGACGUUGCUGAUGCAAACGAAACAACAAUUUAUCAAAAUCAGUCGACAAAUAAUACGAGUAUGAAAGCACGCGAACGUCGUGGUGCUGUUUCCGCUGAACCCUAUAAAGAAGAAGAUGCCACAUCGUAUGUUAAAACCGUCAUUCCAAAAGACUAUGCGACAAUGCAGGCAUUAAGUAAAGCUAUUCAAACAAAUUUACUAUUUUCUCAUUUGGAUGAUAAUGAAAAAUCGGAUAUAUUUGAUGCGAUGCAACCAUUUAAUUACAAAGCAGAUGAAACAAUUAUUCAACAAGGUGAAGAAGGAGAUUUCUUUUAUAUCAUCGAUCAAGGUGAAGUGGAAGUUUAUGUUAAUAAUAAAUGUGUGACUGCCAUAUCAGAUGGAGGAAGUUUUGGUGAAUUAGCUUUAAUCUAUGGAACACCACGUGCAGCAACAAUUAAAGCCAAAACUGAUUGUAAACUAUGGGCUAUUGAUCGAAAGACUUAUCGACGUAUUUUAAUGGGUUCAACAAUAAAGAAACGUAAAAUGUACGAAGAAUUCUUAUCGAAAGUUAAAAUUCUACAAGAACUUGAUCAAUGGGAACGUUUAACAGUUGCAGAUGCUUUAGAAACUGUUCAAUACAGUGAUGGUGAUACAAUCGUAGUCCAAGGUGAAAAAGGAAAUGAUUUUUUUAUUAUUGUCGAAGGUACGGCAGUUGUCUAUCAAAAACCAUCGGACGACGAAGCAGCUGUCGAAGUUUCGAAAUUAGGUCCAUCGGACUAUUUUGGUGAAAUUGCUCUACUAUUUGAUCGACCUCGUGCAGCGACGGUGAAAGCCAAAGGUCCUUUAAAAUGUGUUAAGAUGGAUCGUCAUCGAUUCGAACGUGUUCUCGGUCCGAUUUCCGAUAUUCUUAAACGAAAUGUUGCACAAUAUAAUUCUUUUAUUAAUUUAGCUGUCUAG